UCCGGUGACUCCAUCUAUGCGAUCGCAAAAAUCGACAGGAGUGCUAUCUUAGGGGUGAUAUCCGCCUACCAGUCAGCGGUUCCCUCGAUCGCUUUCUGAAUCUAAUUAGUGGAUCACUGGGAGGAAUUGGGACACUCCAUUUGAAGAGUAAUCGAAAAUCUGGAGUCUUGUGUGUCGAAGUUGUUGUGGCCAAUUAAACCGAUCCAUAGAUAUCGCUAGCUUCGUUAGCGCGUUUAUCCGGAGGGAACGCUUUUAAAGUGAGACUGCUGAACCGCUGUAAUGAAUAUGAUAAGAAACAGAUGAUCAAACGCUGUUCACGUCCCGAGACAAUCGAUCAAGUCGAAAUUUCGGUUGCUUCACGUUAUUUAUGCUCCUUUUUACUGCGUAGCGACAUUCAGCGGGCUUGACAGGUCUGUGCUUCAAUUAAAUAUUUUUCAAUCCCCUCCCCUUGCAUCACUGUUUAUUUAGAUGCAAAAUACGAGGGCUGCGACAGACAAUAAUAUAUUAUAUUACGACAUAUAUUACGAUCCUGUUAAAGCUGUUACUUUGUUUAUUUUUACAUUUGUUUACAAGCGGACACAUCUAUCUUAUUAGGCUGCCUCGAUGGGCAUCAUGAAAUCCUGACUUUUAAUUAUUUAAAAAGCUGGCAGUCUGUCAGAAAAUAAGCUGGUUUCUGCAGCGUUUCGGACGCCCAUUGCUUUUGGCUUUGAGUGGCGCGAGCGUCAGCGCGAGGUCAUGCGUGCCGCUGCUGAGCAGCUGCCAAUCACAAUUGCUCGCGAGAGAUCGCAUUGAAGCGGCUUCUUACAUUGUUUUACGGUACCACAGCACUUUCUGCAGUAUUUCACAACAGAGACGGUCGACUUGUCGCUAUCGCUUGGAGCGUAUCGUAGUAGUAGGUGGAGGGAAGGCGGAUUGACUGGCCAAACCCGCCAUGCCCGGUCCGGUGAGCAGCAAAGCACGGGUGUAUGCUGAUGCCAACACUGUGAAGAGCAAGGAGUACUGGGACUAUGAAGCACAUGUGCCUAGCUGGAGCAACCAGGAUGACUACCAGCUUGUACGAAAGCUCGGAAGAGGCAAAUACAGUGAAGUGUUUGAGGCCAUCAACAUUAACAGCAACGACAGAGUAGUUGUUAAAAUCCUGAAGCCUGUUAAGAAGAAGAAGAUUAAGCGCGAGAUAAAAAUUUUGGAGAACUUAAGAGGAGGAACCAACAUCAUUCGUCUUGUAGACACAGUGAAGGACCCUGUGUCUAGAACGCCGGCCCUUGUGUUUGAGUACAUCAAUAACACAGAUUUCAAGGAUCUCUAUCAGAGACUAACAGACUUUGAUAUCCGGUUCUACUUGUAUGAACUUCUCAAGGCACUGGACUACUCUCACAGCAUGGGCAUCAUGCAUCGGGAUGUCAAACCUCAUAAUGUCAUGAUAGACCACCAGAUGAGAAAGUUGCGACUUAUAGAUUGGGGUCUUGCUGAGUUCUACCAUCCAGCACAGGAAUACAACGUAAGGGUCGCCUCAAGAUCAUAUAAGGGACCAGAGCUGCUGGUUGACUAUCAGAUGUAUGACUACAGUUUGGACAUGUGGAGCUUAGGCUGUAUGUUAGCCAGUAUGAUCUUCCAGAAAGAGCCAUUUUUCCAUGGUCAAGACAACUAUGACCAGUUGGUCAGAAUUGCCAAGGUUCUUGGAACAGAAGAGCUAUUCAGCUACCUGAACAAGUAUCACAUUGAGCUGGACACACGUUUCAAAGAUCUGCUUGGCCAGUGA